GUGGAUUUGUUAUCAUAAAUAUUGUUAAACUAUAUCGUUUGGUUAUACAAUGGAUCGUUCGGUAUGGUCUAUGCAUUAGAUAUGACGUUUCACUUCUCUAGACGAUCACUUAGGAAUUACUUUAUUUAUAAAAACUUGACAGAACAAUACAUAAAUAACCCAACGACCAACGACUUGUUGAUACGUAGUUUCACAAUCGCUAACUUAAGUCAGUAUAAAAUAUAGUUAGCAAUAUAAAAAACGAAUAAUGUGUGCCAUUGUUCCAAAAACAAAGAGGAUGGUCAAGUGCAUGCUGCUCGCAAUAGUUGUUGCAACUUCCUGUCUGGAAUUUUGCUUUGCCGAAGGCAAUUGUUACGGCGCAUGUCCCAUACCUUCAGUAUGUGAAGGAGGAAUAUGCAUUCUACGGAUACCGAGACCACCAAAGAAGAUCACCACACCAAAACUGAUUUGGACCUUUCCGCCAACUGAAACGUCAGAAACAUUCCCUCCGAUAACUUUCCCGCCUAUGGAGCCGAUAACCUUCCCACCGAUCACUUUCCCCACUAUGCAGCCAAUAACCUUCCCAGCUAGAGAGGCAGAGACGAUGGUGACCGAAAAAGUGUACACUUUCCCACCCGACACAGAGGAAGAAUCUACAGAAGAGGAAACAGAUGCUCCAGACUAUAAAGAAUCAAGUAAGAUCUCAAAACGGAACCGUAGCUCGUUUAAAACCACAUACCUACCCGACCUUCGACGAGACGAGGAAGAAAUAUGCGGAUUUAAAAAAGGGGCAAUCUAGAAAUUUGAUCUCAGGAAUUCAGAUAGCUGAUGACUACUAUGCAGUGGAUCUUACCACACUAUCCUGAGCGUAUUACUUGAUGAAGUACUCGAAACCACAAUUUUCAAUAAAAUACAUUCAUAAGUUCCAACAUUUUAGGGAUAAAAAAUAACUUAAUUCCAUAGGGAGGGCCGAAACUUUCUGCGAAAAUAUGAUCAAAAGCAAAGAACUUCAAACACUUUUUCAAAAAAGUUUUUUUUAUGUUUUAUGUAUUCAUAGAAAUUGGAAGCAAGGAUUCUGAAACAAAGGUAUUUGCAGGAAGCUACUAGUGUAUGAACUUAAAGUACUGUGGACUGUAGUGACAGAGUAUGUCCCACGAGCAACUGCAGCGAUCGAUUACUCGAAAAAUAAGCGCCAACCAAUUACAGAAAGUAGAAUAUAGCAAAAUUGAAAUGCAAUGGUGAGGCUCGUGUCGUUUUAUGAAAGCUUUCCAUCAGCUACAUCAUGCUACCCUCUUAUGCGAACUUCCAUCCUACGGCCUCCCACAGAAGCUUUGCACAUCCUCUCUGACCGCAAGAUAUCCAUCGUAAUUGAUGGGUUCUCAUGUUUAUCCCAGCGAUCGGUUUUUGCUCGGAGAUUAUUUCUACAUAUCAGCAACCUCCUUACAUGUACGAUCAAUCCAAUCCACAGCUUUGCUGGGGACAGCACUCUACAUGCAGUAAUUCGGAGUACCAAGCCGAUCUCCAGCCGGGGAACUGGAGAGAAACACACUAGCAGCGACUUCCUCUCUGACGAGAGAUCUGGCGGUUGUCACUGCUUGGAGAUGCAAAUAUUUGGUGCAGGUUAAAGCUACCAAAACACAUACUUGACUAACAAGAAUCCUCCUAGUACUGCUACAAAAACUAAUUUCGGCUAGUCGGAGUCUAGAUCACCGAGGACUUGGUCUGGCACGAACCGAUCUCGUAAAUCGCGGCAGCUGCUGGGAAAAGGCUAGGCUAUUUGUUUAUGGCUAAGAAGUAUUUUUCUACACAUAACCUCCUCACUUUGUGCAAGGUCUAGAUAAAACUUAACCUCGAGUUCUAGUCACAUAUUUGGUGUGCUGCGGUCCCGAAAACAUUAUCCAUGCUCGAUGUUGUUCAACUCAUCGAUGACUCUUUUCUAAUGGACGGAAAUGAAUGAUUAUUGACAAUAUGUCUAUAGAAUCUUGCUUCAAUUAAGAAACCAAGUAAUAUAAUGCUUGUGAUGUAAUUUCAUUAUUACAGAUUGAUAUAAGAAUAUAUUUAUCGAGAAGUCUGAAUAUGAUGCCUAUAAGUCAACAUAACGAAAACUUAAACUAUUUUAUGACUAUAGAGAAUGUUAAAUCUCCCUUGGAUUGUUGAUGUUGAACAUACAAUAUGUAGAAGAUAUGACGCAGAGUAUAUAAGAAGCUUUUAUAAAUAUAAGUGAACACACGGUAGAAAGUGUGAAACAAACACUCUUUCGAAGACAUUUUAUGUCCAGCAUCAACGGUACAUUUUUAAACAUUUUCUCUAAUAUUAAAUAUAGAAGACAUUUACAUAAAUCUCAAAAAUAUAUAUAUAUACAGGGUUAUCCAAAUUAAGUGUCCAC